AUGGCGCCUGCUGCAUCGAAGCCCGUGAUACCACAAAACGACAAUGUCGCCCAUGCACUUGCCGGUGCAGGUGGCGGAAUCCUGUCCAUGGUGCUCACCUAUCCUCUGAUCACUCUUUCCACCCGCGCCCAGGUCGAAUCCAAGCGUGCCGACUCCACCUUCCUCAAAGCCGUCCGCCAAAUCACCGCUCGUGAAGGUGUUGCCGGCCUCUACGCUGGUCUCGACUCGGCCGUAUUCGGCAUCUCCGUGACUAACUUUGUCUACUACUACUGGUACGAAUGGACCCGCGCAUUCUUUGAAAAAGCUGCCGAGAAGGCCGGCCGAGCGUCCAAGAACCUCACAACUAUCGAGAGCAUGAUCGCUGGUGCCUUGGCCGGAUCUGCUACCGUCAUCAUCACGAACCCAAUUUGGGUCAUCAACACGCGCAUGACCACCCGGAAACACCAGGCUGAGGAGGGCGAGAAGGAAGUUCUCCCUGGAGGAAGCACAAAGCCCAUCAAGGCACCAUCAACCAUCGGCACGCUCCUCGCGCUUCUGAAGAAGGAAGGCCCAACGGCGCUGUUCGCGGGCGUGCUCCCGGCCCUGGUCCUCGUCAUCAACCCGAUCCUGCAGUACACGCUCUUCGAGCAGCUCAAGAACACCGUCGAGAAGCGCCGCCGGGUGACCCCAACAAUCGCCUUCUUCCUGGGCGCCUUGGGCAAGCUGUUUGCGACCAGCAUCACAUAUCCGUACAUCACGGUCAAGUCACAGGCCCACGUCGCGGGCGGUGGCGCGGAGCCAGGUGAGAAGAAGGAGGGCAUGUCCGGCGCCAUCAGGAGGAUCGUAAAGGAGGAGGGCUAUGCCGGCCUGUAUAAGGGCAUCGGCCCCAAGGUCACGCAGAGCGUCCUCACGGCUGCGUUCCUUUUUGCGUUCAAGGACGUUCUCUACGAGCAGACGGUGAAGCUGCGACAGCGGAAGGCUUUGGCUUGA